CUUAUUUUUCUAUAAAGACAUCAAUUCAGAAAUUGAAUUACUUUCUUGAAAACCCACUGUCCUAUUUUAAUGCAUAACAAUAGUUUGGUUAAUCAUACACUUAAGAAUGAAAAUAGUUUUCUACUGUUCUUCUGUCAUUCAACACUGUUGAUUACAAGUGCGGUGUCAGCCAGCUUCUCCAGCAUUAUAUGUAAAUCCCUGUUCCUUCCACAGUUGAUUUUCCCAAAAGCAGAGAAGUGAUAGAUCUCAUUUUAUUUUAGAUUAUUUCAUUUAUUCAUCAGUUCUGACAUUUGUUAUUCCAGAACUCAAAAGUCAUAUAAUACACUACAUUUUUUUUAGUAGUUCUCAUCUUCCUUUUUCAAAAAUUCCACUUGGCAUAUUUUCAUAACAACUAGUUCAUAACUCACAAUUGUCAUUUCCUGCUUUUGAUUUGACCAAAUUAAAUCUCUUUCACCCACAGUCUCUCUGUGUGGUCAUGAAUCUCUCUGUCCUAGGGGAGAGAACAAACAUUGAACCUGUCUAGUCUUUUUUCAUGGCCUUAGUCAUCUUUAGUGAUGAUGUUUUGUCAGCUCCUAACCUUCUUUUGGAAGUUCCUUCAUACUAUCCUGGCUUUAAUGGUCUUUAAAAGAGAGACUGGAGAUCUCAUGGUAGUUUGCACUCAGAUUUCAGGAGAUCUAAGCUUUAAUUAAAAAGACUUGCUGAACUUUGUCACACAUGGGUAGAGGUUAUAUUCCACUUGUUUGAACUAGGCCCAAACAGGUGUGGGACUUACAAUUCUGCAUUUGUUUUAUGAAGCCAACAUCUUAGAUAAUAUCUCCUUCUUCAUUGCUGUUAUGGUGUCUGUUGGGGUGCCAGACCUGAGACCCUGUGAAAAUAUUUUUCAUAAAGCAAUUGAUGAGUGAAAACCAUGGGGGAGAGCCUGCCAUGGUGGUGGAUGCCUUUAAUCCCCAGCACUUUGUAUCCAGAAGCAGGUGGACCUCUGUGAGUUUGAGGCCGGUCUGAUUUACAUAGUGAGUUCCAGAACAGCCAUGGAUGCAUGAAGAGCCCCUCUCCCAAACUGCAACACAACUACACACGUGGAAAAACUUACAGCCUUGAUAUUGGCAAUAAAUAUACAAAUUUGAUGAUGGUCAGCAACAUUGACACAAUCCAAAAUUCCUGUUCCGAAUGAGCGAUUGUUAUAUUUAGGCUCUAGUGAUAAAAUAAAAUUGACUUGAUGCCCCAAAUACAACUCCCUCCUCAUAAAGCCACAUGUCUAACACUACUGCUCUAAUAACAAAUAUCAGAGCAGCAACUAUGUAUCAACUCAUUCUGUGACAGGAAACUGUGACAAAACAGGGCACAUACAAUAAAAGGAAAGAAAAUUAUAUAUCCAUUUACUUUACCAAUGUCAAUGUGAAAAUUCUCAAGAAAAUACUAGCAAACUGACACCAAUAACAGAUGAGAUUGUAUAUCAUGGCUAUAUAGGAUUUAUCCAGGACAAAAUUGGUUAAACAUACAAAAAUCAACACUGACAUAUCAUUAAAGCACCAAAUGAUUGGGGAAGCCACACAACCAUCUUAAUAAAUGCAGAAAAGCAUUUUAAGAAAACCUUAUAAUUAGACAGAGGAAGCACAGAACUACCUUUGGUGUGACUUCUCAUAUACAAAAUCUUAAGUGGCCUGAAAGCAUAGAACAUUAGUGGACAAAUUCAGCAAGUGUGUAGAAGAAGAGAUCACUACCCUAAAAGAAGUUAUUCUGUAUGCUACCACUGGACAAACCGAAAAUGAAGAACUCCUUGGAAUCAACAGGAGCAAGAUGCUCAGAAAAGAAGCAGGCAGGCAUGAAGAUGAAUGUCAUACAGAACCCUAGAAAACAUUGAAGAACAUUCUAGAAGACCUAUGUAAGAAGGAAGUGUACCUGGAUGGGAAGACUCCAUAUUGUAAAGAUUAUCCUCAAACUAGUUUAUGACUUAAUGGGAUUCUUACCAAGAUGCCUGUUUGCUUUUCUCCUAGAAGUUACCAAAAUGUCCCUAGAUUUUUCAUGUGAAAAUGCAAGAACUCUUGAAUGGCCAAAAUAAUAUUUUAAAAAAGAAAUUUGAAGAAAUCAAACUCCCUGAUUUUAUUGUGAUACUCUAAGUGUGAAAUAAAAUAUUUGAAUGAUUUAUGAACUAAAUGUAUAAAUAUAUGUUGUAUUCAAAUUGACAUACAGGAGUGAAUUGUUAGAUAUUGUCUUAGAGUGCAUCAAAAUUUUAUAAUGUACUUUAAAAUAUUUUAGGAUAGGAAGGUUAGUUAAUAUCAAAUUUUAGUUUGUUUUCACCAACAUACACUACCUGGUUUGUAGCUAUUUCACUCAGGUGGUCAGCUGAUGAAUUAGAUCAAUGCAACUGUAUCUAUGCAUUGGAGUAUUCCAAAAGGUAAUUCCUUCUUUAAUAAUUUAUAGCAAAUUGCAUGGACUCUUGGUAUUAACCUUAACACUUUGAUAUUUUAUCACUGUGAGAAAAUGCUAUUACAAAACUGCUUUCUUGUUUUCUUUACCUGAUUAUUCAAAUCCUCAAUGUGGGAGAAGACUAGCUCUCUUCCAGUUUUGUUUUCAUGACCCCUCUGAUGCACAAUAUUAUUGAAUAGUUGUACCAAUUAUGCUGUUUCAAGCAGUAACAACAUUGGUAAAGAAAAACAUCUGCAUACACUGUUAAAAUGACAUUAAUUUGGAAACUUUAAAGAGGUGUUUGGCUUAAAAACAGAAUUAUAAGAAUUUCCCCAAGAAGACACAGGGUGGCGCUGCAGGCUAAGAUUGUGAUAAAGCUCUAAAAUACCAGGAAUUGCUCCUUGCAAAUACAGAACAAAAGACAGCACUCCGGAGCUGUGAAGAGGUUUGGGGACGAAUAUACUGGUUGAAUGUAAGAUUAAGAGCAACGUUGUGAAGAUUCCUCUCAGAAGGAACCAGAAGUCAGCGUUUCAACGCAUUUGGAGAUUGCUAAAGAUUGGAUGCAAGCACUCACUUUCCCAACAUGAAGAAGCUGGAGAGAAUUCACCCAAACAGGCAAGUGAUUCCUUUCCUUUUUAUGCUGGUUUUGGUUCAGGUUUGCAGUGAGCCAACAGCUCGAUAUUCUAUCCUGGAAGAAACAGAAAGUGGAUCCUUUGUAGCCCAUCUGGCCAAGGAUCUGGGCCUGAGUUCUGGGGACCUGACUGCCCGGUCUGCACGGGUGGUGUCUGAUGAUUACAAGCAGCGUUUGCUGCUGGAUCCCGAGACUGGGGAUCUGCUUCUGAGGGAGAAACUAGAUCGGGAAGAGUUGUGUGCCUCUGUGGAUCCCUGUGUGCUGCAUUUCCAGGUGUCCCUUGAAAAGCCAAUGCAGUAUUUUCAAGGAGAAUUACUGAUCCAGGACAUAAAUGAUCACUCACCAGAAUUCCCAGAUAGGGAAAUGCUUUUGAAAAUACCAGAAAACAGCCAGCCAGGCACUCUGUUACCACUGAAUUUAGCCCAGGACUUGGAUGUGGGCAGCAAUGGGCUACAACGAUACACAGUCAGCCCCAACUCUCAUUUUCAUGUCCUCACUCGGAAUAAUAGUGAAGGCAAGAAAUACCCAGAACUGGUGCAGGACAGAGCCCUGGACAGAGAGGAACAGGCAGAGUUGAGCUUGACCCUCACGGCUCUAGAUGGUGGCUCUCCACCUAGGUCUGGAACAGCCAUGGUUCGAAUCCUGAUACUGGACAUCAAUGACAAUGCCCCUGAAUUUGUGAACACUCCCUAUGAGGUGCAGGUCCUGGAGAGCAGUCCCCCAGGAUCCCCAGUCCUGACUGUCCUAGCAAAGGAUGCAGAUGCUGGCAACUUUGGGAGAGUUUCCUAUGGCUUGUUCCAAGCAUCAGAUGAAAUUCAACAAACCUUCUCAAUAAAUGAAGUCACAGGAGAAAUAAGAUUGAGAAAGAAACUGGAUUUUGAAAAGAUUAAAUCUUACCACGUGAAAAUCGAGGCCAUAGAUGGAGGAGGUCUUUCUGGGAAGGGGUCGGUGGUGAUAGAGGUGAUGGAUGUGAACGACAAUGCCCCAGAGCUGACCAUAUCUUCACUGACCAACUCAAUCCCAGAAAAUGCUCCUGAGACCAUAAUCAGCAUCUUCAGAGUUGGAGACAGGGAUUCUGGAGAGAAUGGAAAGGUUGUUUGUUCUAUUCCAGAAAACCUGCCAUUCAUCCUAAAAUCCACUUUCAAGAAUUUCUACACCCUGGUGACAGAGAGUCCACUGGACAGAGAGAGCAGAGCUGAUUACAACAUCACCAUCACAGUCACCGACAUGGGCACACCCACGCUCACAACACAGCACACCAUAACAGUUCAGGUGUCUGACGUCAACGACAACGCCCCCGCCUUCACACAAACCUCCUACACCCUGUUUGUCCAGGAGAACAACAGCCCUGCCCUGCACAUAGGCACCAUCAGCUCCACAGAUUCAGACUCAGGCUCCAAUGCCCACAUCACCUACUCUCUGCUGCCCACCCACGACCCUCAGCUGGCCCUCUCCUCGCUCAUCUCCAUCAACGCCGACAAUGGGCAGCUGUUCGCGCUCAGGGCGCUCGACUAUGAGGCCCUGCAAACCUUCGAGUUCCACGUGGGCGCCACAGACCAAGGCUCUCCUGCGCUCAGCAGCCAGGCGCUGGUGCGAGUGCUGGUGCUGGACGCCAAUGACAAUGAUCCCUUCGUGCUCUACCCGCUGCAGAACGCCUCUGCACCCUGCACAGAGCUGCUGCCCAGGGCGGCAGAGCCAGGCUACCUGGUCACCAAGGUGGUGGCAGUGGACCGCGACUCUGGACAGAACGCCUGGCUGUCGUUUCAGCUGCUCAAGGCCACAGAGCCUGGGUUGUUCAGCGUGUGGGCUCACAAUGGCGAGGUGCACACCUCCAGGCUGCUGAGUGAGCGCGAUGCUCCCAAGCACAGGCUGCUGCUGCUGGUCAAGGACAAUGGAGAUCCUCCAAGGUCUGCCAGUGUCACUCUGCAUGUGCUGCUGGUGGAUGGCUUCUCUCAGCCCUACCUGCCUCUGCCAGAGGUGGCGCGAGACCCCGCGCACGACAAUGAAGACUUACUCACACUGUACCUGGUCAUUGCCUUGGCUUCUGUGUCUUCCCUCUUCCUCUUGUCUGUGCUGCUAUUCGUGGGGGUGAGGCUGUGCAGGAGAGCCAGGGCGACCUCUCUGGGUGGCUGCUCUGUGCCGGAGGGACACUUGCCUGGUCACCUAGUGGACGUCAGCGGCACUCGGACCCUGUCCCAGAGCUACCAGUAUGAGGUAUGUCUAACUGGGGACUCUGGGACUGGGGAGUUCAAGUUCCUCAAACCUAUGAUCCCAGAGCUGUUGGUUCAGGAUCCUGGGAGAGACCUUAAAGAAAAUCUCCACUGCAGGGAUAGCUUUGUGUUCAGCUGAAUCGUAGGUUCUCAACCUAUGGAUCUGGACCCCUUCUGGUUAUGAAUGACCCUUUCACAGGGGUUGCAUAUCAGAUAUUUACAUUAUGAGUCCUAACAGUAGUAAAAUUACAGUUAUUAAGCAGCAACAAAAUAAUUUUAUGGUAUCAGGUCACCACAACAUGACGAAGUGUAUUAAAGGGUCACAGCAUUAGGGAGGUUGAGAACCACCAAACUAAGUAAUAUGAACUCCUAAGUGUUGUGCAAUUCUUACCUUUUAAGAAAUGAUCUUUUAAUGAAGGUCUCCACUGGUCUAACCUGCUUGCAUCCUUAAUUGCACUGAUAGUUUCUUUUUUAUUGGCAUGAAAGUACUAGGCUUUUAGUUGUACUAAGCAUAUUUCAUAUAUUUCUCCACAUAUGAGCAUCACUUGGUGAUACUCCCACAACCCUAAAUAACUCAAAUAGCAUAACAUUUUCUUUGAAUUAUACACUUAAUGAUCUUCUGAGACAUUUGACUGCUCUCAAAAAACAUACAAUUUGUACAAAUUUGUGACUCCUGAACUUUCCAUGUGAUUUCAUAUUUUCAAAGGUUGAUUGUUUAAAGUUACUUAUGUUGCCUGGGUCUUUCUGCACGAAUGGAAAGCCACAUUACAUCGUGUUCACUUUCAGGCUAAGUGCUUUGAAUAGUCAGCUCAUAAAAUGUAAAGUGUAUAUCAAUGUACAAAAGGGUUGUGACACUUUUUGUUUGUGACAAUCAUGCAUGCUAGGGGUCCUAUUUACUUGGUUGCAAGUAUUCUGGAAAUACGACUGCUAAAGUUUUGAACUCUUAUUUGAUGAAAAUUAAAGAGAAAUUGUGUAAUUUCUCAUCCCACUUAUAAAAUAAAACCGUUAAAUCACUGCUUUGAAA